AGUCGACCGAGUUAUGGGACUGGUCGAAAAGACCAAACAGCUGGAGACAUCGAUUCGUGACUUAUUUGGUACAAGUAUUUCACUGAUCAAUAAGAGCGAGGAACAGGGUAUCAACGAAACACUCCUGUGUAAAACAAUCAUUGCUGUGAUUGGCGAGAAGAACUGUGGCAAGAGUUCGCUCAUUAACGAGAUGCUGGGUUUGCAAGUUGUACCUGUCGCUGACACAACUUGCACGUCCCGAAUCAUAUGGAUCAAAUAUGCAAGCUCUCCCUAUAUGAGCCUCCAAGACCCCAAAGGUAAAGAGAUUCCUGGAUCCAGAAAACCGCUGUCAGGAUUGGAUUUCUGGAAAAACGAUGCUGAUAAGCGAAGGCUGAAAGAGCUGGCUAUUUUAAAACAGGAAGACCGCGAUAACGCUGCGUUGGUUUUCCAGACUGUGGUGAUUGGACUGAAUCACGAACUUCUAAGACAUGGCAUCGAGUUUAUUGAUUCCCCAGGGCGGAAUGAAAACAACAUGCUAAAUAAAGUUGUGGACGAUGUUGUCUUGAAGAAAGUGUUACCAAUUCUGAUCUACGUCAUUGACGGGAAAAUGGCAUUACGACCAGGGGAUCGUGCAAGUAUUCAGUAUUAUAAAGAUAGAUGCCCCAGAACGAAGCUGUUUUAUGUUUGUAACAAGGUAGACGUUGACGAGAAAGCAGCUGCUAUGGAUUCUGAUUCAGAUUCUGAUUCUGAUGAGAAUGAUUUAGUAAACAGACCGGAAUUAAUCAAAACAAAAGUACGGGACCAAUUGAAAGAGCAUCAAAUUCUAGAUGACUACUCUUUAACGCCGAAAUACCAUGGCCUUGCUAUGAAGAAGGUGAAAGAGGCACGAACUAAAUGCAAACAUGCAGAGCUUAGGAACUUUGUAGAGGAUUUUGAAAGUUUCAAAGUCAACUUGGCCAGAAGUUUGGACUAUCAUUUGAAAGAACAGCUUUCUAUUGCAGUGUGUGCGAUGAUGAGAUGUCAUGGACGAUGUUUCUACUGCAUCUCCCAGAAACAGGAAAUACUGCAAAAAGAAGAAGAUGAAAUGACUCGGGUACUUGGGGACGCACAGACCGCAGAACUGGAUCUCUAUAAUCGUCUAGCAUCAUUUGUUGAAGCAAAAAGGGGCAAAAUAAGAGAAAUUAUCAAAAACGAAAUUGACAAUGCAAAACAAGAUGCCAUGAAAAAAGCUCCAAAACUAGCGCUAGAUAAAAUAACUGCAUAUGAACUUUUUUUGUUACACCCCGAUGUAACUGAAAGAUAUCCGAAUGGUGUACCUAGUGGGGGAAACUUUUCCCAGAUGCACACCCUCUGUCACGAACUCCGUAACAUAAUUGUUAACAAUGUCUCCAGAAAUGUUGAAGUACGGGUAGACGACUUGCUUGAAAAUGAAAUAUGUCGAGAUGUUCUGCCAAAAGUUGUGGAAACCAUGGAGGCUUUAGAUAAUCCUACAUUGAAGAGAAACCUAGAAUCCAUUUAUCAGUUUGUUGGUAACGACAAUGACUACAAAGAAGCCACUGGAUCCUCUCUUACCAACUUGGUAUACGCCCUGGUGACUGUAGCUAGAGAAAACUUGAGGUUUGAAUUGCAGCAUACAUAUUCCCUCUUAGCAAUCAUCGAGAUUGCUCUACAGGAGAACAGGAAGAAUCCACGUGGGUCACCAGCACGAACAGCAGUUGUCAACACAUUGAUUUCGCAGCUUGAUGCAAAUCGACUGGCUGACAGCGUGGUGGAUGCAUGUAAGAAAAAAAUGGAGAGCUACCAUACAACGUUUGAAACAUCAAUGAAGCAGAUCGAAUUCUUCAAAGAGGAGAUACAGAUACAGAGCAGAGAACACCUAGGCGCAUCCGCGUCAAGGGUUUUAUCAAUGCUGGCACAAUUAGAAAUCGAGAACCAUGGAAUUAAAUUUGAAGUUACAAGAGGCGAGCUAAAGAGAGGGAAAUUACUGUAUCGUGGCCAAAAUUGCACACUGCAUUUGUGUGAUAAGAGCUGGAGUUUUAUAAAUGAAACACAGUAUAUCAUGCGUGUAAUUCAACGUAUCAGUGAUGAGUCAUGGAUGGAGAGUAUCACCAGUCUAUACUAUGCAUAUAAUUGCAAGCGAAGUAGCCAUCUAAUUGGAAUAUAUGGAUGGACUAUGACAAACUCCGAUGUAUUACAAGUGGUGACAGAGCGGGCAGCUACCAGUUUGGAUAAGGCAAACUCUGGCUUGUCCACUCACCAGAAAUUGUCAGUAAUGCGUGAUGUUGUGUGUGGUUUAGAUGCGAUUCAUUCCAGUGGGUUCAUAUAUAACAACCUCGCACCCAAGCAGGUUUUGUUAAUGGAUGACAAUCAAGCGAAACUGAAUAUAUGCAGUGGAAACUUUGAAGUUCUUCGUGGUCAGGGGCCAAACUUGGACAUCGACAAAAUUGCUGAGUUGAUGCUAUGGAUGUUUGGACUCCAGGUUCCUGCCACUGCCGUGUCAUCUGUUGGGCUGAUUAGGCCAGCUGGGUGCAGUGAAGAUGUAUGGAAAUUAAUUCGUCGCUGCUUACCUUCACGUAAGGACAUCACCAUAAAAGGGAUAAUCGGAGAACUCAAUAUUUUACUUAACUAACUAUUGUAUAUGCACCUGUCUUCAUUCAUGACAUAAUCGUUCACAGUGAAGCACUGCUAUUCAUGUGCAAUAUUUUCAGUGAAUAUUUCUGUCAGUAAGAGAUAAUUCAUUUAAUGAGUUCGUCAAGUAGAGAAUUGCGUUGUUGCUUAAUUAAAAAUAAUAUAAUACUGGAUUACUUCAGAAAACAUGCAUAUGUUAAAAAGGAUGAGGUGUGUUUUCCGUUUUUUCCUCCAAUAUAUCUCCUUUUUAAAUCAUGACAUCAUGUACUGGGGCACCACAUUGUGAAAGAAAAUUGUUCAUUUUAGAUUUCUUAGAAGGUAUUAUGGUAUAUUCUAUGAACAAAAUGGUACCACCGCCAAUUGUCGCUUUUCUUCAAUGUGUUCUAGUAAAAUUGGUCACAAUAAGUAAGUGUGAAUAUAUUAUCCAAGUGAAUAUACAAGGGACGUAUAUUAUAUUGCGGAUAAAUUAUAUGACUAAUACCGAACUUAGAUUAAAUAUGGAAUCUUUAGGUAUGACCCUAGAAUAUUUGGUGAGCAUUGAAUAUGUGAACUAAAGUCAAGGUUCAUUAAAAAUAUAAAACUUGUGAGGCGAAUUGUAUUGCACUGGUGUGUUUGAUAAUGUAUGUAUCGUUAAAUUGAAAUAUGAUCAACUCUGUUGAUUUAUGGAGACCUUGUACAUUGUAAGUCACUAAACACGAAGUUGCGAAAUUUAUUUUAAAUAAAUACUAUUGCAUUCAACGCAUAAAUGUAAAGGAUCGCCAAUUUUGAAUUGGUGGAAAUUCCCCCCCCCCCCAAGCUCACAGUUGUUUUCAAGUGAAUUGAAUUAACAUUUGUUAAAUGUUUGCAUAAAGAUUGUUGUAAGGAUAUUAAUCUAUGCGUGUAGGCAGAGACAAGCUAUCACUGACCUAUCAGUGUAGCCGUACAAAAUGUCCCCGAGGUCAUUGUGUGGAAAAGCAAACCAUUGUGUUUGCCUGUCUAAAUAACCCCAUGCAGAAUUGUAUCGCCAUUGUACCCUUCAUUCGUAUUUCAAGGAUUCAAAGAACACGUCGCUGAGAUGAAUGUGCGCCUUCGAGAAUUGUAAUGCUAUUAUUUGCCCUCCCAAAAUUUUGUUUAUUUAGUCGAGAUGUCGUGCGUCACACGGUUACAUUAGUUUAAACUUCGAAUUAAAUGUUUGCUAUGACUUAAUCAUGGAACGUGCAUCAACAGUUUGAACUGAAACAAGUUUGGGGCUUUGUAAUAAACAAAAAUAAAACAUACUUUGUUUUAUAAGUCAGGUAUUACAAAUCUGAAAAUUACAACUGAGAAAUGUACAGGGUUCAGACAGAAUGUGUUAAACUAUGUAAGGUCUAUAGAUAUAUUUAUCAAGA